AUUUCUCUGAAUGUGACAUCCAGCUGUUUUCGUAUUUUUGUGAUACAUCGAAUAUUUUUCGCACAACCUCAAUUUUCAUAAAAUAAUUAUAAAAAUUGACCAAUUUUAGAAUACAAAAUAGUAAAAUAGACAAUUUGUUAAUUAUGACUGAAGUUGUUGACAUGGCUGCCCGCCUCCAAUUAGGUCCCCGUGAUGGAGUAACCUAUCCAUUGAGUGUUUUAUAUUGUGGCAAUUGUUCAAUGCCAAUCGAGUAUUGCGAAUAUUAUCCCGAAUAUGAAAAAUGCAAAUUAUGGCUAGAAAAGAAUCUCCCAACAGAAUUUGAACGUGUUAAGUUGGAAGAUGCUGCCAGUGGAGAUGCCGGCGACGAUGACAAGAAACGUCAAAAACGUGGUGGCAAGGGAUUGAUGAAAAUCAAGAAGAAGGAAGAUGUCACAAAGAAAAUUUGCGUUUCUCGUGCUCCUCGUGGCAAGAAGAAGUCUGUAACUGUUGUUACAGGAUUGAGUACAUUUGAAAUCGAUCUAAAAGUAGCUGCCAAAUUCUUUGGAACAAAAUUCGCCUGCGGAUCAUCUGUAACCGGCGACGAUGAAAUUGUCAUUCAGGGUGACGUCAAAGACGAUUUGUUUGAUAUCAUUCCAGAAAAAUGGCCCGAAAUUGAUGAAGAUUACAUCGAGGAUUUGGGCGACCAAAAGCGAUAGAUUUUCUGCCUUUUGCUUCCCUGAAUUUAAAAAUAAUACAAAAAUAAAAGUU